CCGGCUCACGGGCCUAGAAGGGGCGGGGGGGGAGACGGCGGGCGAGACCAAAGACGAAGCCAGGCGUGACCGCAGCGGUCAGCAGAGUGGCCGGCGCGCAGUCACCGUUGCCGGGGACAGGUGGUUUGGCUAUCCUAACAGUUCGACGAGCUCCUUUCCAUCCCGGACUGAGCUGGAAUAAAGCUGAAAACCCUCCUCUCUCUGUGUAUGUGGGGCUGUGACGUGAUUGGCAUGUUCAUUGCGUGCACAUGAAUAGAACCUAUCUGCAGCUAUGAGUUCAGAAGAGAAGGGCGUUUCGCCGGCGCACAAAACAUCCACUCCAACGCAUAGAAGUGCCUCCUCUUCGUCUUCAUCCCAGAGAGAGAGUAGGCAGGGGGGAUACAUAUUAGAGAGGAACGCCUCUGCUGGUCAUGAACCAUCUGUAAGCAGGCAGUUUCUAGAAACUGAGCCUGUCUCACUCUCUAAGGAAGCUGACAGCUGGGAAAUCAUAGAAGGGCUGAAGAUAGGACAGACCAAUGUCCAGAAACCUGACAAACAUGAAGGAUUCAUGCUGAAGAAAAGAAAAUGGCCUUUAAAAGGCUGGCACAAGCGCUUUUUUGUCCUGGAUAAUGGCAUGUUAAAGUAUUCAAAGGCUCCAAUGGAUAUUCAGAAGGGCAAAGUGCAUGGGAGCAUCGACGUCGGCUUAUCCGUCAUGUCCAUUAAAAAGAAGGCGCGGAGGAUAGACCUGGACACGGAAGAGCACAUCUACCACCUGAAGGUGAAAUCCCAGGACUGGUUUGACGCUUGGGUGUCCAGACUGCGGCACCACCGCCUGUACCGCCAGAAUGAGAUUGUCCGGUCUCCGCGGGACGCCAGCUUCCACAUCUUUCCUUCCACCUCCACGACGGAAUCCUCGCCAGCCGCCAACAUGGCCAUGGUAGACGGAAAGGUUCAACCCAAUAGCUUUCUGUGGCAGCCUCCUCUUCCCUGUAGCAGUAGUCUUCCUGCAACCUGCACUUCUGGCCAGAGUAAAGUAGUUGCUUGGCUACAGGACUCUGAAGAAAUGGACAGGUGUGCAGAAGAUCUUGCACAUUGCCAAUCAAACCUUGUGGAACUUAGCAAACUUCUUCAAAAUUUGGAAAUUCUUCAGAGAACUCAGUCAGCACCAAACUUCACUGAUAUGCAGGCUAACUGUGUAGAUAUGUCAAAGAAAGACAAGAGGGUCACAAGACGGUGGAGAACAAAAAGCGUCAGCAAAGAUGCAAAAAUUCAACUUCAGGAAGGGCCACCUCCGAAGGGUCAAUUCAGCACCACCCGACGCCGGCAGAGGCUAGCGGCAGCAGUGGCUACAACAGUUCCUUUUAGUGCUACAAUGUCGCCAGUUCGCUUGCAUUCCUCUAACCCCAACCUUUGUGCAGACAUUGAGUUUCAAACUCCUCCGAGCCACCUUGCAGACCCUCUGGAAAGUUCAACAGAUUAUACCAAGCUUCAAGAGGAGUUUUGCCUCAUUGCCCAGAAAGUGCAUUCUCUUUUGAAGUCGGCUUUUAACAGCAUAGCUAUAGAGAAGGAGAAGCUUAAGCAGAUGGUUUCCGAGCAGGAUCUUAAUAAAGGCCACAGCGCACAGAUGGCUCGCCUCAGACAGUCCCUCUCUCAGAGUGCUGGAGACAGCAAAUCCUGGGCACUGAACCAGAAUGCUGAACUAAGGAGUCGCUUGAACAGAAUACAUUCAGAAUCUGUUAUUUGUGAUCAGGUGGUCAGUGUAAAUAUUAUCCCCAGCCCUGAUGAGCCCGGGGAGCAGAUCCACGUCAGUCUCCCUCUGACUCAGCAAGCCGCUAACGAGAGUCGACUCUCCAUGUCUGAAUCUGUCUCGGAGUUUUUCGAUGCCCAGGAAGUGCUUCUCUCGGCAAGCUCAUCUGAAAACGAGGCUUCAGAUGACGAGUCUUACAUAAGUGAUGUGAGUGAUAACAUCUCUGAGGAUAACACCAGUGUCGCAGACAACAUUUCCCGGCAAAUCCUGAAUGGCGAGCUCACGGGCGGCGCCUUCCGAAACGGACGUCGGACCUGCCUCCCGGCCCCUUGCCCGGACACCAGUAACAUCAACCUGUGGAACAUCUUGAGGAACAACAUCGGCAAGGAUCUGUCCAAGGUGUCUAUGCCGGUGGAGCUGAAUGAGCCCCUCAACACGCUGCAGCACCUCUGUGAGGAGGUGGAGUACAGCGAGCUCCUGGACAAGGCUUCGGAAACCGACGACGCGUACGAGCGCAUGGUACUUAUUGCUGCAUUUGCAGUUUCAGGAUACUGCUCCACUUAUUUCAGAGCAGGAAGCAAACCGUUCAAUCCCGUGCUUGGCGAGACAUAUGAAUGCAUCAGAGAAGACAAGGGGUUCCGUUUUUUCUCAGAGCAGGUCAGCCACCAUCCACCCAUUUCUGCGUGUCACUGUGAAUCAAAGAAUUUUGUGUUUUGGCAAGAUAUCAGAUGGAAAAAUAAAUUCUGGGGAAAAUCCAUGGAAAUCCUGCCUGUGGGGACUCUGAAUGUGAUGCUUCCAAAGUACGGAGAUUAUUAUGUAUGGAACAAGGUCACGACCUGCAUACACAACAUUCUGAGUGGAAGGAGAUGGAUAGAGCAUUAUGGAGAAGUAACCAUUAGGAACACAAAAAGCAGCGUUUGUAUCUGCAAGCUCACAUUUGUCAAGGUGAAUUAUUGGAAUUCCAACGUUAAUGAAGUCCAAGGAGUCGUCAUGGAUCAGGAAGGAAAAGUGGUCCAUCGUCUCUUCGGGAAGUGGCACGAAGGGUUAUUCUGCGGCGUGGCACCUUCGGCCAAGUGUAUCUGGCGACCGGGAUCCAUGCCAACCAAUUACGAACUCUAUUACGGCUUUACGAGAUUUGCUAUUGAACUCAAUGAGUUAGAUCCUGUCCUGAAGGACCUUCUCCCACCGACAGAUGCUCGAUUCAGACCAGAUCAAAGGUUUUUGGAAGAAGGAGACCUUGAAGCCGCCGCCUCGGAGAAGCAGCGAGUAGAAGAGCUUCAGCGGUCCCGGCGGCGAUACAUGGAAGAAAACCAUCUUGAACACAUACCAAAAUUUUUUAAAAAAGUCACCGACGCCAAUCAAAGAGAAGCUUGGGUUUCCAAUGACACGUACUGGGGGCUGCGGAAGGAGCCCGGCUUUAGUAAAGUAGAAAGCCCUGUGCUUUGGUAAACUGCGAAUGUAGACCUAGUAAACAUAUCACUCUUCGAACGAA